CCUGGUCGAAGUGGCUUCUGAUUGGCUACUGCCGGACUGAUUGAAGCAUCUGCGGCUCGCACUGUGCCAGCUGUCCUCCUCGCGCACUCGGCUAGUGCUGGGCAACAGUGAGAAGCUCCCGCAGAGGAGGGUCUGGGAAUCUGGAAGAAAAAGGGUCUGUGGCUGCCAACAUGGGGUCGAUGCGUAUCCUCAUCAAAGGAGGGAAGGUAGUCAAUGAUGACUUCACCCAGGAAGCGGACGUCUACAUUGAGAACGGCAUCAUUCAGCAGGUUGGAAAGGAACUGAUGAUACCAGGUGGGGCUAAGGUGAUUGACGCCUCUGGAAAGCUGGUGUUGCCAGGCGGAAUAGACACCAGCGUGCAUCUGCAGCAGACUUUUAUGAACGCCAGCAUUCAGGAUGACUUCUACAGUGGGACCAAGGCGGCUCUGAUGGGUGGUACCACCAUGGUGAUGGCUCUGGCCCUGCCUGAACAACACUGCUCCCUGCUGGAUGCCUACGAGAAUUGCCGAGCCCUGGCUGACGCUAAGGCGUGCUGUGACUACGCUCUGCAUGUCGGGGUGACUUGGUGGGGGCCAAAGGUGCGCAGCGAGAUGGAGACCCUGGUGAGGGAGCAUGGCGUUAACUCUUUCCAGAUGUUCAUGGCCUACAAAGACAUGAUGAUGCUGAGGGACUCAGAGCUCUACCAGACGCUGCAGACCUGUAAGGACAUCGGAGCCAUCGCUCGCGUCCAUGCUGAGAAUGGAGAGCUGGUGGCAGAGGGUGCUAAAGAGGCUCUGGAUUUGGGCAUCAGUGGACCGGAGGGUAUUGAGAUCAGUCGACCAGAGGAGCUGGAGUCUGAGGCUACUCACAGAGCCGUCACCAUCGCCAACAGGGCUCACUGCCCAAUUUACCUGGUGAAUGUAUCCAGUAUGGCUGCUGGAGACAUGAUUGCUGCUGCUAAGAUUCAAGGUAAGGUGGUCCACGCAGAGACCACAGUAGCUCAUGCCGUGCUGAAUGGGAUGCAGUAUUACCACCAGGACUGGGCUCAUGCCGCCGCCCAUGUCAUCGUCCCUCCUCUCCGCCUCGACCCCAACACCCCCAACUACCUCAUGGGCCUGCUGGGAAGUGACACUCUAAACGUCGUGGCAUCAGAGCACCGUCCGUUUACCAUCAAGCAGAGAGCUUUGGGCAAGGAGGACUUCACAAAGAUCCCUCAUGGAGUGGCUGGAGUCCAGGACAGGAUGAGUGUCAUUUGGGAGAGGGGAGUGGUUACAGGAAAAAUGGAUGAGAACCGUUUUGUGGCAGUGACGAGCUCUAACGCCGCGAAGAUCUACAACCUGUACCCACGCAAGGGUCGCAUCAUCCCCGGCGCUGAUGCUGAUGUGGUGGUCUGGGACCCAGACGCAACAAGGACGAUCUCUGUGGGCACUCAGGUGCAGGGAGGGGACUUCAACCUGUACGAGGGAUUGCGCUGCCACGGUGUGCCCCUGGUCACCAUCAGCCGAGGACGUUUGGUGUGUGAGAAUGGCGUGUUCAUGUGUGCCGAAGGAUCCGGAAAGUUCUACCCUCAGCGCACCUUCCCUGACUACCUCUACAAGAAGAUGGUGCAGAGGGAAAAGACUCAGACUUAUAAAGGGGUCGACAGGGAUCCCUACUCUGGUGACGUGGCCAAGGUGGUAAACACCAUGAAGAAGGAGCUCGGGCUGGGCCCCAUAGAUGGAGAGGCGGGCAACAAACCCUGUCCUCGGGCGCACCAGGGAGUUCGUGACCUCCAUGAGUCGUCCUUUAGCCUCUCAGGGUCUCAGGUCGAUGACCACAUCCCGAAGAGGUCCUCAGCCCGGAUUCUGGCUCCUCCCGGCGGACGCUCCAGUGGUAUCUGGUAAUCGCUGCUGCCGGAGCUUCACCCGUCCAAGUCUACUUGUUUUGUAUAAAUCUGCGCAACCAGGAAAACUGCACUGAUUUUCAAUCACAGGAUUUAAAGUUAAGAGAGGAAAAUAAAUUGAAGCACUUGUCUGUGAUUGGUGAAGACUUAACUGAUGAUCAGUGAUCUGCCAAAGUGACUUUUACAAAUCUAAUUUGUGUUUUAAUUGGAGAGACUGACCUGAUUAAUUAUGUGAGAGUGAAGGGCUAUCUAUGAAUUAAAAAUGUUUUGCCAAAUUCAAGCUGAUCAUACUAACAUUGACAAAGUCUGCUCAUCCUCACCCUGCUCGUAUCCCGUGAAGAAUCGCAAACUAAACUGUGAAAGAUCAAAACCAGUACAGUUUUUAAUGGUUUGAACCGAAGUGAUGUCGACUGAAUUAUUUGAAAAUAGUGAAACUGGAUUCAGUGAAAUAUCUAUUAUACCCCCGUCACACACACACACACACACACACACAAACAUACAGUACACUGUAGACACCAUAGCUUUAGACUCAUAUGAAGAUGUGUGUGGAUUCUGUUUGUGAUUAAUCACCCACUUCGCUCAGCUUCCUGCUGCACCGUGGGUUCCCCAGACAGUGUUUUUAUUUCCAAUGGGUGAACUGUGCUGUGUGGUGAUGAAAUCCAACUGCUUCAAACACUGUGUGAUUUUACAGCUACACUCUCUAAAUAGAGUCCGACUCGACCCUAUCCAUCCUUUUGUUUUCACUGCCUGAAACAACACUCACAUAUCCCAAAAAAACAUCCUGCCUCACCUGCAACGUAGCAGGGUCUAUAGACUGAGUCACAGAAGUUUAAAACUUGUGGGCCAGUAUUGAUCCCACAACAGCUCAGUGUAAUCUGUCAUGAAAAUGUGGCGUCUGUAGACCUUGCAAAGCGCUAGAAGACUGAAGAGAAGUCAGUUUCUUAAAGCAGUCAUGAAGAGUAUGUGAUUUAAAGAUCAAAGUGGGGACAACAAGAGGAAAAUGCUUUCUGUUACUGCUGCUGAUAAUACAGAUCGUAAUAUGCUUGCGUGAUUUUCAUCAAUGAAGUUUAAUGCAGUGCCUUCUCUUUCGCUGAGGAGAUCACUUAGAGCUUUCUGAGUGAAAACAGGAGCUGCUAAAAACACCAGGAGGCCUCAUUUAUCAAAAUGUGUACAAAAGAAACUCUACAUUUCAGCAUAAAAAGGCAUAAGAAAGACUCAAAUCAACUGAAAAUAGCAUAAACAGGCUCAUUUACAUAAAGAAAAAGUGAUAAAACAUCGCUAACAGCUCUCUGAAGCAUUUUAGCAUCUUUCAGCUCAUUGUUUUGGUUUUAAAGUGCACAAUUUUACUGUUUUGGUUCACUCUUGCUGCUCUCAAUAACCCCGUUUACAGCAGUAAAGCUCUGAUGAACUUGUCGUAUGCUGCCUUUCCAGCACCAAAAACAGACAAAUAGACAAAGUGAGUCAAUAGCCAGUGAGAAGAAUGGAACAUCAGCUGCUAAAGAGACAUGAGUUUUCUGUCAGAAGCUGGUGGAGACCAAAACAGUUAGAAGGAGAGUGAAUAUUGGACUUUGAUUCAUCAAGUCGCCAUCAAUGCAGCUUUAAUGACUAUUGUAAGGACUAUUUCAUGUGGAAAAAGUAGCAACUUCGAGAGAAAUGGACAAACAGCAGAGACAGAGAGGUUUAAACAAGUGGCUUUCUUUAAGAACAAGAAAGCUGUUUGAUUUAAAUGAAACUCACCUGAAAAGAACGAUAAUCCUGACUAUAAAUUGUCCAAUCGUAGGACAUCUAAUUUGGCAAGUGGUUUAUCUGUGACUACACUUGUCUCCCACCAGGGGCUUAUUACAAACUCAUGAACAUUAAUAGUUUUAAAUGUUCGCAUAUCAUCAAGCACAAAAAGAAUCUGAUAAAACAGAGUCUCUGUAUGGAAACGAGUGUUUAAUGUACAAAACUGUCCGUAUGCACAAGUGAUAAAUGAGGCCACAGAAUGUCAACAGAAGGCCAAGUAAGUAACCAAGAGAAGUUAUGUUAUGUUGUUGAUUUUCAGCAGCAUCUCGUGGGCCAUAUCUUGAAAGUGAGCUUCCUGUUUGUGGGAAAAUAAAAGGGAUUGGUAUCAGAGCAGUGAGUCUCCACAGAGCAGGACGAUUGAGCUGCACAGGCUAAAGGAAACCCCACUGAUCCUCUCAGCUCCUGACGAUGUCUCAUUCCUGCCUAUCAGUAUUAUAUUUAUACAUGAACACGUCUUCUCGUCUGUGAACUAUAUAUUUAGUAUGUUUGUUCUGUUUUUUUAGUUGAAAGAAUAAAUGUGCCAAUGUGAAUCACCCAUGCCACACCCAUGCAUGAAGAGCACCACACAGAGGCGGAGGAGGGGUGAACUCUCCCCACAGGCUCACAACAACUGGUGCUGUUUUUUACUCUUACCAACAACAACAUUGUUUUAUCGUUGGAUGGUUUUGUUGUUUUGAAGGCACUGUGACUGGUCAGUGGCUGUGUGUGUUUGUAGAUUCUUGUUGUGUUGGUCAGUGAACCUGUUGAAUCUGUAAGUGGCUGCUUGUUUCUUACCACGAAUAACAGCAAAAGAAUAAAGUGAGAAAAAACACAU